CCCCUCAAACUUCAUUCGGUGGGUUAAUUACUCAUUAUCCUAUAAGUUAUGUUAUUAUAAGGAAAUAGCAUGGCCUUCAAAAGUAACUUGCUCUUGAAACUUAAUUACAUGUUAAUAUUGCUCAUUACUCUAGGAAUAUUUGGAUAUGAAAGGAUAAUGUAUUCAAUUAACAUUUCUAAUUUCAACAUUGGUCGGAGCCUAAAUCGCAAAGAUAGUGCUGCAACAUCUUUAAAUAAGAGCAUAUCACUUGGUGAUGGAAAGAAAAGAAUAUUUGUGUAUAAAAAUCAUCAGCAAUUAACAGCAAAGAAAGAACUAGUAGCGACAGAAGAGCAGAUGCAGAGACUUGCACUUUCUCAACCUUCAUUCAUUGAACUAUCUAAAGAAAACAUUCAGGAUUUUGUUUUUGUAACUGCAGCAUCUGAGAAUCAUUUUACUGAGAGCUUUGACCUGAUAGGAAGUAUACAGACAUUUUAUCCUGAUCGCAACAUUUAUUACUAUGACCUUGGCCUUGAUUCUGAACAAGAAACAAUAAUUAAGACAAUGUGUGGAGUGAAAUACAGAAAGUUCAAUUUUACAGGUUAUCCCAAGCAUGUCUCCCAAUACUUAUGGACCUGCGCAUUUAAGCCUCUUAUAGUUCAGGAGAUGCUAACAAAGCAUAAAGUAGGUGUAUUCUGGGUGGAUUCAUCAAUUCGUUUCAAAACAGGAGGAACAGAGAAACUAUGGGAGAAAAUCAAGAAUGGAAAUGGACUAAUGCUUUUCCUAAAUAGAUUUAUUAAUAAAAAUUUUGCUGUGACUCAUCCUGGCAUGUAUGAUUAUCUCCCAGCUGAGGAAGAAGAUAUGAGAAGACGAGGUGCAUAUGGGGCUGGCGCAUUCUUAAUUUAUAACACUAAAUUUGUGCAUGAAUAUUUUUUUAAAUGGCUAGUGUUGUGUGCAUUGAAUAGACAUUGCAUUAAACCAAAAGGGUCUCGACUACGCUGUGCCAGAGCACAGGAAGAUAUCAGUUCUUACCUGAACUGUCAUAGAUUUGACCAAUCAGCAUUCAAUAUUCUUUUGUAUGACACAUACAAUUUUCCUGGAGAUUUUCAAUCUGAAAUUUGUGACUCAGAACGAUUGUCAGUUAACAGGACAAAACAAACCAUGUUUAAGGUUAAAUUUUGUACCUAAUGAAUUAAUGAAAUCAAUGUAGAUUAUUUGUAUGGAAAUAAGUGGAAUUGUUUUUAAGGUACAUGCAAAUCAAAUGAAAAAAAAUGUGACUUAAGAAAAAAAAAAUAUAUAUAUUAUUGAAAU